CAACUGUGAUUAUUAAAUGCGUGCGAUAUUGUUCUUUUCCCUCUCGUUGUUCCACCUACGAAAAUACCUCAACGUAAACGUAACAAGAAGACAGAAUACAUAGAGGCGAGGUAGUGGAUGUGAAGAAGCUUUUGGAUGUUGCCUUGCGCCUGUCGUGUUUGCAGCCUCGUGUCCAUCUUCUGCAAGGAGGUGAUUGCGUAUGCUGCAUUCUCCCGUUUGCGUGUGUAUUCUUUCGGUGGCGUCCACGAAACUGCAACCUUUCCAAAGAUUUCCACGUCUCGUGUCCAUGAAAGGUGGUUGCAGUCUCGUGUCCCUUCUUCUCGUGCCUCUACGUGUCCAUCUUCUGAAAGGAGGUGAUUUUCCCGUGUGGAUUCUUCCGGUUAUGACAAUGGUCGUGGGAUUUUGAAAAGGUGAAGCGAUGACGUCGAUAUUCGCACAGUUCCUAGAACUACAGCGAGCCGGGAUGAAUAGCGCAUCAGAAACACGGUCGGAAAGUGCUGCGCCGGCUGGUUUCUAAAAGCGGCAGGAGCGAUUUCAACGAGUAACACAGUCGAUUUGAGAAGCCUUCUGGUGAAAGACGUAUCUCAGGAUCGAUCUCUGGUUCUCAUCGCUGAUUCGCGUUUGCAGCUACACCUUUGAAAAGUCAGGAGAAAUCGGUUACAUUGUUUAGCUGUGUACAACGCAAAGUCGCAACAACCACGACGACCUUCGAUUCCUUUUGUGCAGAGACUCAUUGUUACUUGACGAGCUAGGGCACAGCCGCCGCAUCCGACAAAGCCGACAGAAUGGGCCGAGGGAGCACUCCUGCAAACAAGAAAAGAUAUCAGCAAAGCGGUAGCAGCUCCGCCAGUUCGUAUUCGUCUGCUUCGUCAUCAUCAGAUGGAGAGUCGAGCUCGUCAAGCGAAGACCAGCGACCGCGAAGGCAUAGCUCGGAACGCAAGAGCCGGCGUACUUUCGUCACUACAGUCUGUCAUUUUAUACUACAGCGGCUGGAAGAUCUACAGCAUCUUCAAGAUGACCCGUCGAAUAUGUGAACAAUUCUGCUCUGUGGUUGAUGACUUUUUCGUUCUCCUAUCAUUUCAGGAUCCUCGUCAGCAGGAAUGAUGGCGGCAUCUGCACCUUUGCGCGGUAGGCGUCCGACUUCGAUAAUAAAAAUAAGACAAGAAGCAUUGCAGCGGUCGAGGGAGCGGGCACGAAGAUGCAUUCUUAUCGUUUUACUCCUUGUAGUGGCAAUCGCAGUCUUCCUCUUCCUGCUGUCGUGCUGUGGUGGUAAUGAGACUUUAGUUGCUGCAUUUGUUGUCGAAAUUAGACCUCUAACCCUAAGCAACGUUUUCAACAGUACAGAGAAUUGAAUUUGAUGAGAAGCCUCAAUAAUGAAGAAAAACAAGUAACUUCCUGCAGACAAAACUUCUACAAAAGGCAACAGAUACAGAACGAUAAAAAUCAAAAAUUAGAUGCACCUGCUAAUCGGAAUUUUGCACCCAACAUCAAUAUCAAAAAUCAUAGGUGGUGGGAGUAGCACUAUGCCUGUACCGCCGCCUGCGCCACCACCUGCUUUGCCAUACGGCGCAGUGCCUCCAGCACACGUGGCUCACCACCAGGCGCCAGGCUUUCUUGCACCUGGCGCCUACCCAGGAGAGCACUCAGGAAGACCCACAGGAGGCGGUUUUCUUGGGUCAGGAUCAGACUCGUGGACCGGAGGUAUUGGUGAUAUGAUUCAGCGGUGGCUGCAGUCGCCAGCAAUAGUUGCAGCCGUCAUUCUCGGAAGUCUGUUGGCGGUAGGCGGUGUGCUCUGGUACUUGGGAGUACUCGUGCUUUGACGACGACUCGUACCCAUGGAAGGUCAUCCUAUCCCUAUCACCUUUGGCAACAUACUCUACUUCCCCCGAUUCCACGAUCUGUGCUCUGUUCCGAAGAUUUUCCUCUGCAUUUCCCCUGGUUGAAGAUUUUCCCUACGCACCAUUGAAGACUACAUCACCUUUUGGCUCCACGCGCGCUAGACUACGAUGCACAUUCACCACAACUUGACAACGCAAUGCAUAGCCUGAAAGGCAGACGACAGACGCACACUUAAUGAUACGCCUUCGAUCACACAUCAUGAUCAAGACAUUAGAGAAAAUUGUACCCAUGAAAGAAGCAGGUAGUUGCCAUGUAAUUAAGUAGUACGUAGAUGAAUCCUCUUGUACAUUUGAUCCAUGUAGAAGUAGAGCAGAACAAGCAUAUCGUGACUUUCGCCAUGUAGACCUUGCAAGAUACAAUAAAUUAAGGACAGAGACGAUGCUCAUGGCAGGAUUCAUCAGCAGGUCGUGCUGAACUGCAAAAAUUGAGCUGAGUAGGACAAACGAAGUUCAAGAAGAGGCAAGAAGGGGUUAAUAGUUAAAUGAUCAUGUAUCAUAUUGAUAUUCAUUGCAAGAGAGUCUUCAUACGACCCGACUGCUUCUCUAUUUUGACUUUUGUUGAAUCAAACAAUGAUUAUUCUGAACAAAAACAAAAUCAUCGCUGCGUUUGCAGCUCGUGUGGAACAGUUACACGGAAUCGAAGCAGUUUUCGUUUUGGGGACAUACACAUUAAAAUCCAAAGGGAGCAUCAACAGCUGCGUGGGCG